AUGCUCGUCCGCACGGCUUUAAAGCGAUCACUUGGUGCGUUAAGUGCUGCACGCUCCGCCCACUUUCCUUCUGCUUCUAUCCAGACGCGUCUGUAUCACGAGAAUGUAAUUGACCACUACGAGAACCCGCGUAAUGUGGGUGCAAUGGAUAAAAACGCCAAGGAUGUGGGCACGGGCCUUGUUGGCGCCCCUGCUUGUGGUGACGUGAUGAAGCUGCAGAUUCAGGUCGAUGAGAAUGGUACUAUUGUUGAUUCCAAGUUUAAGACAUUUGGCUGCGGUUCUGCCAUUGCAUCUUCGUCGGUGGCAACGGAGUGGCUUAAGGGCAAGAGCGUUGAGGACUGCUUGAAGAUUAAGAACACAGACAUUGCGUCUCAUUUAAAGCUACCUCCUGUUAAGCUGCACUGUAGCAUGCUGGCGGAGGAUGCUAUCAAGGCUGCUAUAUCGGACUACAAGAGCAAGCAAAGCGCGUCAGGUUAA